UCCGUUGGUAUAUUUUGUCCGGCAAAUUGCGGUCCCACUGAUUGUGAAAUCCACUUUGAUAACGAAUUUUAACACCAGAAUUUCUAGGAUUCCAUCACAAUGCAGAAAGUAUUGGGACGAAUCCAGGCGCAGGUCCUCCGCUCCCGGGCCACAAAUGCAGUGGCCACAGUCGUGAGGCAUGAGGCCACAUCCUCCAGAACAGCCGCGAAACCGGCUGCCACAUCUAAAGAAUUCCGUGAGAGACAGGUGCGAUUCAACAUCAAGAACGAACAGACCGAGGGUAGACCCCUUUACCUGGAUGCCCAGGCCACCACGCCAAUGGAUCCACGUGUGCUGGACGCCAUGCUUCCCUACCUGACAAACUACUACGGGAACCCCCACUCCCGGACCCACGCCUACGGCUGGGAAACGGAGCAGGCAGUGGAAAAGGCGCGCGAGCAGGUUGCUACUUUGAUCGGCGCCGAUCCCAAAGAGAUCAUCUUCACAUCCGGCGCAACCGAGUCGAAUAAUAUAUCCGUAAAGGGGGUUGCCAGGUUCUACGGCACGAAAAAGAGGCACGUGAUCACAACCCAAACGGAGCACAAGUGCGUCCUGGACUCGUGCCGUGCAUUAGAAAACGAAGGUUUCAAAGUCACCUACUUGCCUGUAUUGGCCAAUGGACUUAUUGACCUCCAGCAGCUGGAAGAGACCAUCACACCCGAGACUUCAUUGGUGUCCAUCAUGACGGUGAACAACGAGAUCGGUGUCAAGCAGCCCAUAGAUAAGAUAGGCAAACUGUGCCGCUCCCGUCGUGUAUUCUUUCAUACGGACGCCGCUCAGGCAGUGGGCAAAAUCCCGCUGGACGUGAAUGCCAUGAACAUUGAUCUAAUGUCCAUAUCGGGACACAAGAUCUACGGGCCGAAGGGUGUCGGUGCUCUCUACGUGCGUCGCAGGCCCAGAGUUCGUCUGGAACCCAUCCAAAGCGGCGGCGGCCAAGAGCGUGGGUUGAGAAGCGGCACGGUUCCAGCCCCGCUGGCCGUGGGAUUGGGAGCUGCUGCCGAGCUUGCUCUUCAUGAGAUGGAUUACGACAAAAAGUGGGUUGACUUCCUCUCCAAUCGCCUGCUGGACAGGAUUUCGAGUGCCUUGCCGCAUGUUAUCAGGAAUGGCGAUGCAAAAGCCACCUAUAAUGGCUGCCUGAACCUAUCCUUUGCAUACGUUGAGGGUGAGUCCCUGCUGAUGGCCCUCAAGGAUGUUGCCCUGAGCAGCGGAUCUGCCUGUACUUCCGCCUCGCUGGAGCCAUCGUACGUUCUGCGAGCGAUCGGCACCGACGAGGAUUUGGCUCACAGCUCGAUACGCUUCGGUAUUGGCCGCUUCACCACUAUCGAGGAGGUGGACUACACCGCCGACAAGUGCAUCAAGCAUGUGGAACGACUGCGGGAGAUGUCCCCACUGUGGGAGAUGGUUCAGGAAGGCAUCGACCUAAAGACCAUCCAGUGGUCGCAGCACUAAUAUACUAAUAUUUAAGCCGUUACUGUUACCCCACACUUCGAAAGCAAAGGGAAAAAUAAAUUAGUUGAAAGAGUA